UUAUUAAAGAAAAUUAUUACUGCUAUCAUGGCUGCUCCUAAGGUUCACCCAUUCGAGUCCGUCACUGACUACGAAAUUAGAGCUGCUUCUAAGUUGGUUAAGGAUGCUUAUCCAGCCUCUGCUAAUGUGCACUUUGUUCAAAUCGACAGAGUCGAUCCUCCAAAGAAAGAUAUGAUCAAAUAUUUGGAAGCUGAAAAACACGGUGCCGAUUUACCCUUCAUCCCAAGAGUGUUGUACUGUUACUACUACACCAAUGAAUUGGAAUUCAACAAGGCAUUGGUUAACGUUACCAUUGGUCAUGUCAUUACCAAGACCCAAUUACCAAAGGGUACUGUUGGUCCUUUCUUGCCUGAAGAUAUGAUUGAGUGGGAAGAACACUGUAACAACCAUCCACUUGUUCUCGCCGAAAUCGAGAAGUUGAAGUUGCCAAAGGGUUAUUCUGUCAGAAACGACCCAUGGAUUUACGCCACUGAUGAUGCUAACGAAAGAAGACCUUUGGUGCAAUUCUUUAUGUACGUAUUGGCUGGUAACGGGCACUCGGAAUCCAACCACUACUCUUUACCUUUGAAGUUUUCUCCCGUGUUUGAAGCCUAUUCCAAGAAGUUCGUAAGAAUCGACUACUUGCCAGGUGGAUAUGAUGAGACUACCACCCCAACUAUGCCAUGGCAGGAAGUUCCUUGUGUUCAAUAUCAUCCCGAUUUGAACGGAGAGACCAAGAUGAGAGAUGUCAAGCCAUUAUUAAUUUCGCAGCCAGAAGGUCCAUCUUUCACUUUCGAGAAGGGAAAGGUCACCUGGCAAGGAUGGGAAUUCAGAGUUUCUACCUCCGCUAGAGAAGGUGUUGUUAUAUACGAUGCCAAGUUUAAGGGUAGACAAACUUUCUACAGAAUUUCCUUGUCGGAAAUGACUGUUCCAUAUGGUGAUCCAAGAGCUCCUUACCACAGAAAACAAGCAUUUGAUUUGGGUGACUGUGGUUUCGGCGUCAACGGUAACAAGUUGGGCUUGGGAUGUGACUGUCUUGGUGUUAUCAAGUACCUUGAUGGUCAUGGAAUCAAAGCCACUGGUGAACCAUUCACCAUUCCAAGCACCGUUUGUAUGCACGAACAAGAUAAUGGUCUUUUGUACAAACAUGUCAACUACAGAACCGACAAUGCCGUUGUUGCCAGAAGAAGAGAAUUCGUUGUUCAAACCAUUGCUACAGUUGCCAACUACGAAUAUAUUCUCAAUCUUAAAUUCGUAACUGACGGUUCCAUUGAUAUUGAGGUGAGAGCCACCGGUAUCUUAUCCACUAUGCCAAUUGAUGAAAACGUUACGGUUCCUUGGGGUACCAUUGUUGGUCCAAACGUAAUGGCUGCUUACCAUCAACACAUUUUGUCUUUCAGAAUUGAUCCAGCUAUUGAUGGCCACAAAAAUACCGUGGUUUACGACGAUGUGGAAAAGAUGCCAAUAUCUAAGUUGAACCCAUACGGUGUUGGCUUUAUCACUAAAAGAAACUACAUUGAGAAGGCUGGUAGUAUCGACCAAUCUCCUUUCACCAACAGAAGUUACAAGGUUAUCAAUGAACAUGUCGUUAACCCAAUUUCUAAGACUCCAGUUGGUUACAAGAUUAACAUGCCAGCCCGUCAAAUGGUUUUGGCUGAUGCCAACUCUUUCAACGUCAAGAGAGCCAAGUUCUCUACCGAACAGGUAUGGGUCACCAAGUACAACGAUCACCAAUUGUUUGCUGCCGGUGAAUUUACUAAUCAAUCUCACGAGGAUACUGGUUUAGGAGUUUGGGCCAAUGGAGUUGACCCAGUUAGAGAUGAAGACUUGGUUGUUUGGGCCACCAUGGGAUUCACCCACAUUCCAAGAGUUGAAGAUUUCCCAGUUAUGCCCGUUGAAAUCCACAAUAUUCACUUAAGUCCUUUCAAUUUCUUUGACAGAAACCCAGCUUUGGAUCUUCCUCAAGCCAAUAACACUUUCAACAAAUCUGUCUUGGCUCCAAGCUCCACCAGUGCUGAAAAGUCCUGUUGCAAGACUAACUUGUAAGUGUGAACCACUGUGUAAGAUAUUAGUGAUAGAUUUUAAUAUAAAUGAUGUGCCGAAGAAAAUA